GGAAAGACUAUUUCCACAUACAAAUCAGAAUCAAGAACCAUAAGAAGGCUACCAAUUGCCAAUGCCAAUAAAUCCUUACAAGUAGGUAAAAGAUUUUUGGAAGGAGAAAAGCGCAAAUGGGUCGAAUCAAAUCUCUUAUUUUCUUGCUGAUCUUCUUAACUCUAUCAAGGUCUUGUAUGUGCUGGUGGUUCUCUUCUUCUUCUAGCAAGACAACUGGCUAUAAACCUCCAAAAACUCUGCAAAUAUCCGGUGAUGUUCCAGUUAUAUUCUCCAUGGAAGCUUUCCAUGAUCAGAGGGCAAUUCAACGGAAAGAAGUAGCUGAUAAAAGAAAACUUGAAUCUUGUUGGUUUGAUGCCUAUAAAGGACUAUUUGCAGCAUGCUCCGAGAUUUCGAGCGACAAGUAUGAUAUGAAGAAGAGGUUUUCUUGGGAACUAAGCAACUGCUUUCAGAAGGAAAUCGGCAGGCAACCUUUUCCUACAUGCAGUGAAGGCUCUCCUAUGAAAGCUUGCCUUGCGAAGUUGGAUGACAAUGCUAUUGAGACAUACAGGGCCUUCUUCAUAGAGACUGACUCUAUUUGCUUUCAGUUACAGUCUCAUGUAUUUAGGGCUGAAACAGAAAAGUUGGUGAAUCAAUUGGUGAAGUCAGCUGAUUAUGCAGAGGGAAAACUAGAAACCAUUGCAGAACAAUCAGAGAAAUUGUUGGAGGGGUCAAAAGAUAUACACAUAUCCUUGAGUUCAAUUGACCAACAGACCCAAGAGAUGGCUCAAACUUCCAAGAAGGUUGGUGAACAAAUUGGUGAUAUAGUGAAGCAGUCUGAGAUAAUGUUUGAGCAAUCUGAGAGAAUUGCUGCAUCGCAGUUAGAUCAAUCUGAAAUAAUUUCUGCAUCCCAGUUAGAGCAAUCUGAAAAAAUUGCUGCAUCUCAGUUAGAGUUGCAAAAAGGGCAAGAGAAACUGAAGGAAAAUCUGCAAGAGGGCGUGGAAGUGAUACACGAGUCUUAUCAUGCUCUAGGUAAAGAAAUACACAGUUUACAGGAUGAGACUAUUGAGAUAGAGAAGAAAGUAACCGAAGUCGGCGACACAGUGUCUACAAAGAUGAACAUCCUACAAAGUAAGGCUGAUGUUAUAAGCAAUGUAACAGAGAUUUCAUUGGAAAAGCAAAAAGCACUUCUCGAAGGUCAAUCAGAAGCUCUUGACGGCCUUCAGUCAUUAACUAAAUUUCAGGUUCAAGCUCUAGAAGAGAGCAGGGGCAUUUUGCAGCAAUUGGCUAAGUUUGGUCGUGAGCAGCAAGAAGAACUUCUUCAGCAACAAGAGCAAAUUAAACAAGGCCAUGUCAAUCUGGUUAAAAAUUCAAAGUCCAUAUUGGCAGCUCAGGAAGCUUUUGAACAAAAACAAGAAACCAUGUUUCUUGCUCUGGAUAAGCUAUUCAAAUUGCAAAAUGCCUUGUUUCUCGAAUCAAGAUCAAUUAAAACUUUCUUUCUGUAUUCCAUAUCGAUGUUAGUGAUCUACUUGUCUACCAGCACAAAGCAAACUUACAAAGUGAGACCAAUUCUUUACAUAGGUCUAUGUGUUGCAUUUUCGAUUGAAUUAGCAACGGUUCGAUUCUCAACCAGUGGAGUAGAGCAACAGACAAUGAUAGUCAAUGUAAUCAGGCUCCUUUAUGUGUUGUUCUCUUUAGUUCUGGUAGUAUACGCCGCCUUCACAUAUAGGGACUAUGAGAUGCUGAAUUACAACAUGCUGAAAAAUCUGACAGAGGAGUUCCUAAGGUUUCAAAAGAAUGCUGCUUCUCCAUACGAUUACGAUGACUCACCAGAUGCUGAGAACGAUGAAUCAGACUGGAUUACAUCGGUUGACACUGGUGUAGAUGAUGGCAUUGAAUACCUGUUGGACUCCGGAUCCACUGAUCAUAUGCAUGAGGAGGUUGGAGAUAAUUCAAAUCUGAUAACUUCGGUUACUAGAAGAUAUAAUCUGCGCAGUCGACGUUAAACUAUCUCUUCAUCUAAACUUGUGAACUGAUUAUUUGCUUAGAGAGUAAAAGCCA